GACCUUACCAUCCAAGUGACGUCUUAUAUGAUGAAUUUCGUUUCGCAAUAAUCUCAAGGCAAAAAGACCAUUUCAGCCAAAUUCACAGGAUUUACUCUCGAGGCGAUUGUCGUGCUGCCAAUCUACUGUGUUGACAAGGGGGAGAGAUGUGCAUGCACGGAGGACGAGGAGCCUGGAAUUAAUCACAGGAGAGAAAACAUGCCGAAGUUGAGACAUUAAAGAAGAGCUAGUUUUGGGGCCUGUGCAGACUUCCCGCAGCAGCAGUUGGAUGUGCACGUCGAACUGGCCACGAUGACAAUGAAAGGCCUGUCCAGCAGCCGUAGUCACCACCACACGGUGACCUGCGACCCCUCUUAUGACUCCAUGACCCUGGGGCACUCAGAUCGUCGGUCCUACUUCCUCAACCCCGGAGAGGCUCAUCCUGCUGACCACCCCUGUUACACACAGCGCAGCUCCUUUCAGUCUGAGUGCAGUGGCUACCCUGAUCUGGCCAGCUGCACCUUCCCUCGCAGACAUUACAGCUCCCACCAUGAGCUAAAGGAGGAGUGUGGUGCUCUGGUGCCUUACACAGGGCCAACAGGGAGCAGUAAAGGAAGUGGAGGAGGUGGUGGAAACAACAACCGCCUCCCUUCAAACCUGCUAGAGCAGUUCGAGCGCCAGGCACCAGUACGGCGUGAGGGCUACCACACACUGCAGUACAAACGCACUGCAGUAGAGCACCAACGCAGUGACAGCCCUGGACGAAUCCGUCACCUUGUUCACUCUGUUCAGAAGCUUUUCACCAAGUCUCACUCCCUGGAGGGGCCCUCGGGGUCUGGUGGAGGAGGAGGGAGUGGGAGGAUGAAUGGCAGCAAAUCCAGUCCUGAUGACCCACCCUCUUCUUCUGGCACCCUGAAGCACAGCAAGCGCAGUAAGAGCAAAGACCGCUCCAAGUCAGAGCCUAAGAUGCGUACUGCAAUCUCAGGCUACUGGAGCUCAGAUGACACGCUUGAUCGGGAGGUAUGCCUCUACCACCAUCACCAUGGGGGCAGCAGUGGAGGUCCACCGUCUGGGGUCAUGACCAUGGGCCGCCGACCGGACAAAUCCCAGUCACAGUAUUUCUUGGAGUCCUACAAUACCAUCAGCGCCCACUCUCUGAAGACAUCACGCAGCAACAACGAUGUGAAGUGCUCAACAUGCUCCGGGGGCAGCAGUGGAGGACUGCCACUUGUGGGUGGGCUGGAUGGCCAACUGCAGCUGAAGAAAAGCUCAUGGUCUUCUACUCUGACGGUGAGCAGAGCAAGAGAGGUCUACCAGAAGGCCUCAGUCAACCUAGAUAAAGCUAUAGUGAAAGCCGAGCAGGGACGCACCUGCCACUUCCUACAGGUGCCUCAGGAUGACUGGAGCGGUUUCUCUCCGCUUGGGAAGGAUGACGAGAUCCCGUGUCGGCGGAUGCGAAGCGGGAGCUACAUUAAGGCCAUGGCAGAAGAAGACAGCGGCGACUCGGACUGCAGCCCCAAACCCUCGCCCAAGGUCCAGGCACGGCGGGCAAGCUACCUGAAGGCUACACAGCCGUCCCUCACCGAGAUGACGACGCUUAAGAUUUCCACAGAGCACUCGCCCAAGCUGCAGAUCCGGAGUCACAGCUAUCUGCGGGCGGUGAGUGAGGUUUCCAUCAAUAGGAGUUUGGACAGCUUGGACCCGGCAGGGCUGCUGGCCUCACCUAAAUUCCGCUCGCGAAACGAGAGUUACAUGAGAGCCAUGAGCACCAUCAGCCAGGUGAGUGAGGUGGAGGUGAACGGGCAGAUCGAGGCAGUGUGUGAGUCAGUGUUCAGUGAGAUGGAGUCGCAGGCGGUGGAUGCCCUGGACCUGCCAAUGCCCGGCUGCUUCCGCAUGCGGAGCCACAGCUAUGUGCGUGCCAUAGAGAAAGGCUGCUCGCAGGAGGAGGCGGAGGGAGGCGCUGUGGUGUGCAACAGGAGGACCAAUUCACCCCCGCGCACCACCACCACCGUCAGAACCAUCCAGAGCAGCACAGUGUCAUCAUGCAUCACCACUUACAAGAAAACGCCACCACCAGUCCCACCACGGACCACUCCAUCCAAACCCUUCAUAUCCAUCACGGCACAGAGCAGCACUGAGUCUGCCCAGGAUGCUUACAUGGACGGGGGCUCUGGCCCACGGACGGGUAUCAGCUCCCAGCCAGGCCUGUCCAACUCCACGGAGAGCAUUGACAGCAUGAAAGCCCUGACAGCAGCCAUAGAGGCAGCUAAUGCUCAGGUGCACGGUCCUGCCAGUCAGCACGUUACCAACAGCACCAUCACCAUCACUGCCACUGCCACCACUUCCGCCGUUGCGCACGUCUCCGCCGACAGCAAAGCGCAGAGGGAAGCGCUCCGCAAGUGCCUCUCCAUAGGGAUCCAGGUGGACCCAGAGGAAGGAGGGCCGACAGAGGAGCAGUCCAAAUUCCAGUCGAUCGGAAUUCAGGUGGAGGAUGAACGAUGUUACCGCAGAAUGACCCGUUCCAACAGCGUGACCACCGCUGUGCAGGCUGACCUUGAUGACCCCACAAUCGGCCCAGAGCUGCCGCCACGACACUGUGCCACCAUGCCACGCCAGCACUCCCGUGAUGCUGCUACUUCCACUGUCAGCAUCCAGGGCUCGGGGAACCACUACCACGCAUGCACCGCAGAUGACUACGGGGAGGUGGGGUUCGACCCAUCUAUCCUGCCCCCUCCAGAUCCCUGGAUGGACAGCGUGGCCGAGCCAGCAGCGGACGCUUUGGAGGCUGUCGGCCGCUCAGUGUGCCCCCGUGACGGACGUUGGUUCCUCAAGUUGCUGCAGGCUGAGACGGAACGUAUGGAGGGCUGGUGUAGACAGAUGGAGAAGGAUGAGAUGGAGAAUGAGCUGCCUGAGGAGAUCCUGGGGAAGAUCCGCAGUGCAGUGGGGAGUGCCCAGCUGCUGAUGUCCCAGAAGUUCCAGCAGUUCCGGGAGCUGUGUGAGGAGAAUCUGAACCCAAAUGCACACCCGCGGCCCAUCUCCCAGGACCUCGCAGGUUUCUGGGACAUGCUCCAGCUGUCUAUCGAGAACAUUAGCCUGAAGUUUGAUGAACUCCACCAACUCAAAGCCAACAACUGGAAACCUCUGACCCCCCCAGAAAUUCAGGAGAGAAGGAUGCCCCCUCCUGUGCCAAAGAAGCCUCUGAAGGGCCACCCUCCCUUGGCUAGGGACCGCUCACUGGAGAGUUCUGAGCGCCAGCGUCUGGAGGCUCGCAAACGCCUGCUAGCUGCCAAACGUGCCGCAUCGGUUCGGCAGAGCUCUGCUACAGAGAGUGCAGACAGUAUCGAGAUCUAUAUCCCCGAGGCUCAGACCAGACUAUGAGACACGCAAAUAAAUGUACCUACACACAUGCCCAAUACACUGUCCAAUUCACAAAAUAGCACUGAAUGGUAAGGCUAGGGUGCUAAUAUAACAUACUCACAUUUUUUGCGGACUUUCCAGAUCACUGUGGGGUCAGUCACGAUGGAAGUUGUUUGAACAAGAAAUGUACAUUUACACUAUUUAUUUAUUUAUUUAUUUAUCUACCCUCCCCUCAUUUCCUUCUCCCAGCUUUGAUGUAGCACUCCCUCCUCUCCCUAACUCCCAAAGAAGUAUCUUACAAAUCCCUUUUUUUAAGUGACUUGAUAUUACACAACGCAAGCCAGGUGUAGCACAGUGGCAAUGCUUCACAUUAAUGUGUUUCCAUUAGAGAAAUCAGGGGAAAACAGGGAGGGAGCAUGCAUGUGCAUGUGUAGUGUGUGUAUGUAUAUACACGCAAACACACACAAGCUUAUGGGAGAUGUAUCUGAUCUGAAUAGCUCAGUUCAAGUACACAAAAUCGAAUGGAAAGACGAGACCAGACCCAUUGACUCAUAUUUGACCUUUAUUUACACUGAUGUUAUUGCUGUUUUUUUUUUAAAUUUUCAUUACCUAACUCUUAAACGUUUUUGCUUUUAUAAUGAGGUCAAACAUUAUAAUAUAA